UCGUCCACGCGCAGGGACCAGCAACACAGCGGAUCACAUGAUAUGACAAAGCAGCUAAGCUACUUCCUGUGUAGACCGCUGCUAGCCUGCUCACAUCCAGACGACCUGCAGAGCACCGAGACCACCUUAUCAUCCGAGAUGCUGGCCCUCAUUAACAGGCUCCUGGACUGGUUCAGGUCCAUCUUUUGGAAGGAGGAGAUGGAGCUUACAUUGGUGGGACUUCAGUACUCCGGAAAAACCACAUUCGUCAACGUGAUCGCAUCAGGCCAGUUCAGUGAAGACAUGAUUCCCACAGUCGGCUUCAACAUGCGGAAGGUCACUAAAGGCAAUGUGACAAUAAAGAUAUGGGACAUAGGGGGACAGCCUCGCUUCAGAAGCAUGUGGGAGCGCUAUUGUAGAGGAGUCAAUGCUAUUGUUUACAUGGUGGAUGCAGCAGACCGAGAGAAGAUAGAAGCUUCCAGAAAUGAACUGCACAACCUUUUAGACAAACCACAGCUACAAGGAAUUCCAGUUCUAGUACUGGGCAACAAACGAGACCUACCCAACGCACUUGAUGAGAAGCAGCUCAUUGAAAAAAUGAAUCUAUCUGGCAUUCAGGACAGAGAGAUCUGCUGCUAUUCUGUCUCCUGCAAAGAGAAAGACAAUAUAGAUAUCACGCUGCAGUGGCUCAUCCAGCAUUCAAAGUCACGGAGAAGCUGAAUAUGAAGCCGUUCCCAGUCGCAGCUCUGGCCUCAGCCCCCUAAUGGUCAUGGGACCUCGACAGCCAUCCUCUCCACUGCCUCUGUGAAGUAUUCCAGCUAUCUGCUCACUACCGUCACCACCUGCACCACCCAGUACACUACCAUAGAUGUGUAGCCCCCCUGUACAGCACUACCGCCAGCCCCAACUAUCCGGAGUCUUGAAGCACUUUGCUAGAAGGUGGACCGUCCUUACCCAUCAUGCCUUAUUGCUGGUCAUUAUGAACAUGAUCUGUGUCUGAGUUUCCUUUUUUUCUUUCUUUUUUGUUUUUUGUUUUAUGGUUUCUGCUCCCUUCAACACAAGAAUCUAGUGAUGUUACGCUGUGUUCUCCCCCCAGCCAAACUAGGAUGGACCUCCUUCUAAUCCCACAUGUAGACAUCCGUUCUGUUGCUGUCAACAUUUGGUGUUUACAUGACGAGGUUGCGAUUGUAGUUUUUAACAGUUAUUUGCCAAAUGACGAUGGUAGCUUGUGCUAAUACCUUGCAUUUUAUUUGCUGGUGUGAGGAAGGAUCUAUUUUAUUAAGUGACUUAAGUCAAAGUUUACACAUAACAUGAAGAUGAAUAGAAGGUAAGACUGUAAGUGUUUGUUUUGCCUGAGAUAAAAUCCUUAGAUAGGUCAGCAGAGUUUAAAGUGCCUUCGAUUAAGGGAGCGUUCCAAUCGGACAGUUAUUGCCCAAUGCCACUUCUAACCCACUAAUAUAAUAAACACUUGGUCCAGACGCAGCAUAAAUCCCCUGAUUACACUUAACCUCACCACUCGAACAAUCAAAUUUUAAUGUUUUGUAAUCGCAUUACGAUGUCUGAGGAAAAAGACAGUGCUGUACUUAAAAUGAAAAUAAUGAGGACUGAAGUAAUGGUUAAUGCGAGGUGAAUGAGAAAAUGUUACAUUAGUUUUCCAGUUGAUUGUUUAUUUGAAUGCUGUUUCACCUGUAGCCUGUGACACUUUAAUGUAGCUCCAAAUGUGGGCUAACUCUUUCUUGCAGUUCUCAGGUUGUUAAAGGGUUUUAAAGAAAAUUGUCUGAAAACAGUUAUGGGUGUACCCAAAGUAUCUGUUUGAUAAUCCCUGUUUUGUUUGGGUUGGAUGACAGAAAGCCAGUGUUAGUCAUGAUGACUAGAGCUUUCGGAGAAUAGAAGACAAUCCGUUAGAUGAAAGGGUCGGAUGCUUGAUGUCAGAAAUGCGUUGCCAGUUGCCACACCCUUGUCUGAGCCCUGAUGUCUUUUUGUGGAAGCCUUAGCAAAAAAAAAAGCCAUUUAUUAAUUGCCAUGUAAUUUCCUUUUAGCGACAAGAAUUAUUCCUCACAGGUCCGAUCACUAUAUAUUAUUCAUCCCUUGCUUGGCCAGUGCAUCUUGAUCAAUUUAGGAAUUGUAUUUUUUUCUGUGUGAGUGUUUCUGAUAACUGCUUCAAUGCUCUACGUAGACCUAUAUGGCUUUUUGCAUUUCACUGUAAUUUUUUUCUACAAAUCAAUCACACGCAACACAUGAUGUUCUGCAUCUGUCUGUGAUCAUGGUAACCCUAAAUGUCGGAUCGUUGGGACCACGGCAACAGUGAGGGGCUUUAAAAUGUAGGUGACUGUGUGGGUAAUUUUGGGGAAACCGCUUUUGUUACCUGUGUAAUAAUAUAAUAUAAUAUAAUAUAGCCUAUUUGCAAUUUGUAUGUGCAUGUGCUGAACUUAUUCACAUUCAAUUGCAGACUUUGUAAAUAAGAUUUAGCAUUUUUAUUCCAACAAAUGCUCCUGUAGAUGUCAUGCAUUCUUUUUUUUCCCCCCUGUGAUUGCUAAUAAAUUUGUUUUUAUUUUUAAGGUU